AUGCUGUCUCUUCAGGAAUUUGGCAUGUCUUACUCCACAAAGAAACUAAGGGAGUUUAUAGAUCCUGCACCGAUCUUGCCACCAGGCUCAGUUGUUCGUCCUGGAAAGGAUGUCUGUGGUUUCUAUCCCGGGCAACUAGGAUGGGUCCACAAGGCACAUGCAUCUGGAGGAGCUCCAGGACCUUUCAGUAAACUGCAACCGGCUCCAGUAGCUGAAACUCCAUUCCAACCUGUUAACAAUUCAGCUCUCAGGAAGUACACGCAUUUUCAAAAAAUCAAGAAAAAGACCACCAGUGACCAGUACAAUCAAACUUCAUACAAAGCAGCAGUUGACUUGCCAUCUCUCAACACAAGUCAUGAGAGCAAAUAUACACCAACAGAUCCUGGAACACAUAUUAUCUGGACAAUUACUGACAGGAGGAUGUUUUCAACUUCCCAGGCCUGCACUUGA